UGCACGCACCACUUGCCUUCGUAUCAUUCAUGACGAUCUUCCUGAAAGUUGCAUAUGGUUGCAUGCAUGUUUUGUUGUCGUGGGUGGGCGAUGUUAUGUCCAGACGAUAAGGCAGUGAAUUUUCUUGUACUACAACAUUCUAGCCGCAUAAAAAUGGGUAAUCAAGUGACACGUGCUGGACAUGCAUCCUCCAAGAAGACUGAUUCGAUUGUGCAUGACGGUGACACGAACAAUGCAACUAGCCUUUCGAAAAGUUCCUCGUCAACCGAAUUAGAAAGUCAUUCGCACAUGCAGUUCUUUCCAAUCGAGAGUCUGGCAAAGACCCUCUCUCACCUAACUCAUGACGAGGAACGUAUAACUGGUAUCACAAAAUCUGUAUUUCAACGAUACCUUUUCCCUAAUUAUCCAGAAUUAGGUGAAAAUCUGUUCAAUUACCUGCAUCAUGCUGCUGGUGUUAGCACUGCUCAUUUAAGUGCUCAUUCUUUUAAGCAACAAGCCGAGAAGUUUCUUUCUGUGAUGAAUGAUCAAACUGUAUUAGAAAAUUAUGUAAAGAUGUAUUCGAACAUGAAAGGAGAUGUUACUCCUGAAGAUUUGAAACACCUGUUGAAUAUUUCUUAUAAAAUUGCUAUGGACAGCAGUGGAACUCCUACCUGCAUUUAUGCUGAACAAAUAAUGAAUGCAGUCAUUGUCUCGUGUUUUCAUGGCAAACAUACCCUGUCUGUAAGUUACGUGAGCAAUUGGAUUUGGCAGCAUUGCCCACGUAUAAUAAAUGGUCCCCAUCACUAUAUCGUGCAUGUACUGACUACCGCUUAUCGUAAUGGUAAAGCUCUAUUGUCCAAAGAGCAGCCUCAACCACAUUUAGAGAUACCAACGCCUAUAUUGGAACAGCCAAUGUCCUUUGAUUUUCCUCAGAUUCUUCUACCUGUGAGCUAUGUAUGGUUAUUAUCCAGUACAUUACCCGAAUGUUAUCUUCAGGUAGAUGAUUCGCCGAAGGAUGUUCCCUAUGCAUUGAUAGCUAAAAGAUUGGGUAGUGUGUGUCCCAGACAUUGGACUUUGUUAUAUAGUAGCUCAGAACAUGGGACAGGAGCUAACCGUUUUUUGCAUCAUGUAUUAGGAUACAGAGGCCCUACCUUGUUAUUUAUAAGGGCUAUUAGCCCAGACAAGGACACAGUAUGCCCUACGUACUGUGUAUGCUCUGCUGUAGAAUGGCACGAAAGUCACCUUUACUGGGGCGAUGAAGAUUCUGUGGGCAUUGAAUUGUUUCCGUCGUACAGAGUUAUAGAGAAAGGAGCUAAAGUAUUGUAUUUAAAUACCAACAUCAGGGGUUAUCCUCAUGGGUUACGAUUUGGUAGUAAUCCACGUUCACCUUACAUCAGCAUAGACGAGUCAUUCCAGUCAGUCAGUAUUGCGGGUGCACCUUAUCCAAUUUCUAGCUUAGAAGUUUGGGGCUGUGGAGACACGAAAUUAAGGGAUCGUCAAUUGGAAAUUAAAAAAUGGCAGGUAAAAGAAGCGGAAAAGCAAAGGAUUGUUAAGUUAAGUGCCAGCGAGUGGAUAGAUCACCCCGAUCGUUACUUACUCGAAUUGGCGGGUAGAGCGUCCUAUAACGAGACAAAUAAAUAAUUCGUAAUGAAAUAAUGUAAUAUAUA